AUGGGCAAAAUCCCUGAAUCAAUAUGCAAUGCUAAAUCUCUUCAAGUUCUAGAUUUGUCUCAUAAUUCCUUGAGUGGCACACUUCCCCAAUGCUUCUCUACACUGAGUAGAACUCUAGGGGUUCUCAAUCUAAGAAGAAACAACCUCAUUGGCACAAUAUUUGAUAAGUUUUCAAAGUAUUGUCGCUUACAAACUCUGAAUCUCAACGAAAACCUACUUGAAGGAGUGAUACCAAUGCCUCUUGCCAAUUGCACAAAUUUUGAGGUAUUUGACAUUGGGAACAACCAGAUACAUGAUGCCUUCCCAUGUCACUUGAAGAAAAUAUCCAAUUUGCGCAUCCUUGUCUUGAGAUCUAACAAAUUUUAUGGAUCUAUUGGUUGUGAGGGACCAAAUGAUACUUGGCCAAUGCUUCAAAUUGUAGACCUAGCUUCAAACAACUUUAGUGGUAGGCUAUCAAUAAAAACCUUGGCUAACUCAAAGACAAUGAUGGCUGAUAAUAAGGUUUAUUUAGAGCUCAAAUACCUCCAUUAUAAUGCUGGACUAGGUUUUCCUUCUUAUUAUCAAGAUACAAUAACUGUUGUCAGCAAAGGUCUGCAGAUCGAGUUAGUGAAGAUUCUGACUCUUUUCACCUCAAUUGAUCUUUCAUGCAACAAUCUUGACGGGCCAAUACCAAAAGAUUUAGGUGUACUCAAAGCAUCGUAUAUUCUCAACUUAUCAUUCAAUGCUUUCACAGACCCAAUCCCACCAUCUUUGGGAAAAUUGAGUGAACUUAAGUCACUAGACCUAUCAAGCAACAAGCUUAACAGUGAGAUCCCUAUGCAACUUGCAGAUGGACUUACUUUCUUGUCAGUGCUAAACCUAUCGUUUAAUCAAUUGGUUGGGCCGAUUCCAUUUGUCAAGCAAUUUGCUACAUUUUUGGAAGCUUCUUAUAAAGGGAACAAAGGAUUAUGUGGCCCCCAUUUGAAGACAAAAUGUAGAUCUGUUGAGCCACAUUCACCAUUUCCAACAUUUGAAGAUACUCAUUCGACUUCUAGGCCUUUGAUUGGUUGGAAAUUCCUAAGUGCAGAAUUGGGAUUUGCUUUUGGAUUUGGGAUGGUGAUUAUGCCUCUUAUGCUUUUCAAGAGGUGGAGGAUAUGGUAUUACAAACACAUUGAUGAAAUAUUUUUCAAGAUCUUUCCUCAAUUGUACCUUGGGGGGAAAAAAAUACCGACAAGUCCAAGCACAUAG